GCGGUGUUCCUUUGCGGCGGCGGGGUGGGAACCGUGAAGCGUCCUUUUUGACACCAUAAAGCCGAACCGGUUAUGAGCGACAGACGCUCAACGGGGGUGCCGCAGGACGGGCAUCCUGCGCUCGUGUUUGGAGGAGCUCAGCUUUGGGUGUACUCCAGCGGGAGCUGCGUGGGAACUGGGUUAUGACUCACCGCUACCCGUCCCAGUCUUGUGAAGAAAACAAUCUGAAGACAAUGUGUCUUUGACCCCUGGUACCAGCUUUUGAGCCGGAGCAAUGGAAGUUAUAGAUGGCUGCCGGCAUACUGACCCUUUGAUAGUUGCAAAUGGAUAUGCAAACAGGAUUUUCCAAGCAAACAUGGAGGAUAGGAGUGCUGAUUCAUCGGAGGUCUGCUGUGCUGAGCAUGGCACCUGCAGUGAUGCAGUCCCAAAUGAGCAGGAAGAAGCACCCAGAUAUAAGAAGUUGACCAAGGGCAACCGGAUCUGGAAUUUUGUUUGGCGAAGGAAAGGAUCCUCUAUGAAUAAAAGAAGACCCCGGUCCAUGAUCGUACUGGGAGAUACUUAUGAUGCCUCCGAUGAAAAAAAGCCAUCCUUCAUGGACAGGGUAAUGCCCUUAAAAAAGCUAAGAACCUCUAAGUUGCCUAAGGAUGUAGAUUUCAGAGGAUCUGCAGUGCAAGUUACUUGUGUCCCUGAGGAGGACUAUCCUGCUGGUGGGCAAGGAGCAGUCUACAGGGUUAAGAAACUGGGUGAGAGCCAGAGGCCCUACCGCCAUUCAUAUGGGGGGCACAUUGAAGAUUUAGAUUCCUCUUUCGAAGACAUCGAGCUGAAUAUCAGCAUUCCUGAAAUUGACGCCAAUGAAAGUAAAUGUCUCAGGGAUAUUAGUAUCAGACUACACAGUGAAGAUAAUGUUAGUAACUGCCAAAAAAUACCAGCUAGAAAGAGCGAGUCUUUGAAUUUUGAAAACUUUAAGAGUCCUGCAAUUACAGAAGGGGACAAUCAAAAGAAAUGUACUGUGCUCCCACAGGAGGGCAAAAGAGGAAGAAGCUCUGAUGUCUGGAGCUAUCUGAAAGGAAUUUCAUUAACUAGCAAAGAUAAUUCAAAGCUUCUAGAUGAAAGGGCUGAAAGCAAUUUCCAGAACUUAGAAAAUAUAACUGACCAUUCCACUCCUUAUUUGGACUUCGGUAUGAGAUGUGAGGAGAAUCUUAGCCAGCAGAAAAAAUCAAACAGCGCAACCAAAGCCACUCACUUUGCAGGUUUUGUGCGGUUCUUCACCAGCGUGGCCGAGGCAGCACGGCGGCUGCGAGGCUCCUCAAAGGCAUUUUCACCUGAUGAGAAAAGGCCUCAGCGGAGUUCCCGAAGCUGGAGGCAGGAUGUCAUCUCCCGCAAAGUGAGCCUGGUUAUUGAGAAUGAGACCGCGAAUGCUUUCUGCACGGUGGGAGCAUGUCUGCAGUCCCCAGAUUCAGGCGUGUGGGAUAAUCCAAGCUUUGAGAGUUCAGUGGGGAAGGAGACCACACAGGGCUGUAAAACUACAGAGCUGUCACAAGACAUCGGCUUCUCCGCCCUGGGCAGCAAGAAUGAUAGUUUUAAUGAAAUACCACUUUCUUCCUCUGGGCCAGAGCUCCCAGAUGACUCUGUCACUGUGAUAAAUUCCGAAGAGCCCUCUGAGGCUGCAGUCCACUUUCCACAGACAACUCUGACCAAACUGAUUCAGGAUGUGGACAGUACUCCAGAGAAGGCACAGGCUGUGGGCAGGGACCUGCCAUGUUUGGAAGAUCUUCCUGGGAAAAAUCUGGGUACUUCUGAACUGGGCGGUUCUCCGGCUGCUAACGGUGACUUUCCUGUUGUGACGGUGGCUCUGAUCCACCAUCCACUAAAGAUGACUCUGCAUGAACUCGAACCUCAGGAUGUGGCUUGUGCUUCAGUAGUUACUAACGACAUGAGUAUGUCUCUAGCAGCAGCUCUGGAGCUUUCAAAGACUGAACUGGAUAUGACGCACCUGAGAAAUCCUGAGUUGCCUUUACAUGAUUUAUCUAGAGAUGACCUGGAGUUUCAGGACUCAAGCAAUGCUCCAGAGAAGGAACAGGUCGUAGGCGGGGACCUGCCACGUUCUCAACAUCUUCCAGAGAAAAAUCUGGAUACUGCAGUGCUGAACAGUUCUCCAGCUGCUAACGGUGACUUUUCUGCAGCAACUUCUUUAAAAUGUGCAACAGUUGAAGGGGUGGUGUUUGAGCAGACUGAUGGAUGCUUCAAAAAGCACAGAACAAGUUCACCUGUGGAACAGAACCCUGUGGAGUUACUUGGCAGAGGAGUGCGCUUUGACUGUGAUGAUGAGUGCCGUCCGUUCCACGUGACCAUCUCUAGAAUUGUCUCCUCUGGACUACUUAACAACGGAAAGACAAUGUCUCAUCCUUCUCAACCAUCCCCACGAGCACCUCCCUUCAAGGUGCUUGUAGAGAGAUGUCGCUCCGAGCCGCUCUCCCAGAGCACCCCGAUGGGGCUGGACCAAGUGGGUGGGCGCAUGCAGCACCUGCUCAGAAGACGCGCUGAGAACGAACUGGCUUCAAAGACUCUGAAGGUGCGCAGGAACGGCGGACGUAGAUGGAACCUCCUCAAGCCUGGAGCUGAGAAGCUGCAAAUCAGUAGGCUGAUCAGUGGUGGUUCUAUUGUAAGUGCUGAGGCAGUAUGGGAUCACGUCACCAUGGCCAACCGGGAGUUGGCAUUUAAAGCAGGAGACGUUAUCAAGGUGCUGGAUGCUUCCAACAAGGACUGGUGGUGGGGUCAGAUUGAUGAUGAAGAAGGAUGGUUUCCCGCCAGCUUCGUGAGGCUAUGGGUGAACCAAGAAGAUGGAGUGGAGGAGGGAACCAGCGAAGUGCAGAAUGGCCACUUGGAUCCAAGCGCCGACUGCCUCUGUCUUGGCAGAACCGUCCAGAACCGAGAUCAGAUGAGAGCCAAUGUCAUCAAUGAGAUCAUGAGCACGGAGCGUCACUACAUCAAGCACCUCAAGGACAUUUGUGAGGGUUACUUGAAGCAGUGCCGAAAGAGAAGGGAUAUGUUCAGUGAUGAACAGCUGAAGAUCAUCUUUGGGAACAUUGAAGAUAUCUAUAGAUUUCAGAUGGGUUUUGUCCGGGACUUGGAGAAACAGUACAACAACGAGGAUCCCCAUCUCAGUGAGAUCGGACCAUGUUUCCUUGAACACCAAGAUGGCUUCUGGAUCUAUUCAGAGUACUGUAAUAAUCACUUGGAUGCGUGCAUGGAGCUUUCCAAGCUGAUGAAAGAUAGCAGGUACCAGCAUUUCUUCGAAGCAUGUCGUCUGUUGCAGCAGAUGAUUGAUAUUGCCAUAGACGGUUUCCUACUGACACCAGUGCAGAAGAUCUGCAAAUACCCCCUGCAGCUUGCAGAGCUUCUCAAGUACACCGCACAGGAUCACAGUGACUACAGGUAUGUGGCUGCUGCUCUCGCCGUCAUGAGGAACGUGACUCUGCAGAUCAAUGAGCGGAAGCGGAGACUGGAGAACAUUGACAAGAUAGCUCAGUGGCAGGCGUCCGUUCUGGACUGGGAGGGAGACGAUAUCUUGGACCGCAGCUCAGAGCUGAUCUACACGGGAGAGAUGUCCUGGAUUUACCAGCCCUACGGACGGAACCAGCAGCGUGUUUUCUUUCUCUUUGAUCACCAGAUGGUUCUCUGCAAGAAGGACCUGAUACGAAGAGAUAUUCUGUAUUACAAAGGUCGCAUAGACAUGGAUAAAUAUGAAGUGGUAGAUAUAGAAGAUGGGAGAGAUGAUGACUUCAAUGUCAGCAUGAAGAAUGCCUUCAAACUUCAUAACAAGGAGACUGAGGAAAUGCACUUAUUCUUUGCCAAGAAACUGGAGGAGAAGUUGCGAUGGCUCAGAGCUUUCAGAGAAGAAAGGAAGAUGGUAAAAGAAGAUGAAAAGAUAGGCUUUGAAAUUUCUGAAAAUCAAAAGCGGCAAGCGGCAAUGACAGUAAAGAAAGUCAGUAAGCAAAAAGGUGUGAGCUACUCCAAGUCGGUUCCUCCAGCCUACCCACCACCCCAGGAUCCAUUAAAUCAGGGACAAUACAUGGUGACAGAUGGCAUAUCCCAGUCCCAGGUCUUCGAGUUCACCGAACCCAGACGCAGCCAGGCACCAUUCUGGCAAAACUUCAGCAGAGAGUGAGAAUGAGACAUCCAUAAUUUUUAUGAGAAGAUGCUUCCUAAAUAUUCAGCGCUAGGAAAAAAGAAACUCCACCGCCACACCAUUAUUUGCAUCAUAACUCAAGACUCGCUCGAUCUGACAAGGCCACUUGUUGGACUCGCAGCUUCCUUCUUAAGUGGAAAGCCAAAACAAACGAGCGCCGCUAGCGCUUGCCGAAGCCGGGCGGCAGGCAGAGCAGCCGCAGCCGCUUGUUCCAGAGGGAAGAGGGGCUUGGCUCUCAGACAUGGCGCUCAAGAAAGCCCUUCCCUUCCCUUCCACAAAUUGCCAAGGUGCUGCAAGAGAUGGAGCAUUAUCGCAAAGAAGAACCAGCACUGGGUCCCACUUUUACUACCCACCGUGGCUUUCCCAAUAGGGAGCGGGGCUGGGCUGCCUCGUUGUGUCUGAAAGUGCUGGAAGCAGCACAGAUGCUGUCAGAUCGGGGUGAUUUUGACCGAGCAUCUGAUACAGACUUUCAUUUCAAUGCCAGACAGGAGGAACCCACUUACUUACCAUUCCAUACGCAGAAAUGAGAGAGUUGUAACAAACUUACAUGUUUACGGUUUUUCUCUGGCUGAAACUAUAUAUAUAUAUAGAAAAAAAGAAAACAACAAAAAAUACCCUCUUCCCUAGGUAAAUGACAUGCAUUACCCCUUGACCUAGACUCUAGAACAGAGGAUCUAAAUUCAAGACUUUUGCCUCCCUACCCUCUCCAAAACAAUCAAACAAGGAUCAACCUAGGUGCAUCUAACAGUUGUAAAUAGAAAAUAAUACAUAGAGAAAUAUAUUUGAAAUCUGUUUCAGUUUCUGGAUGGUCACUGGCCAUCCAUUGCAAUGUUAUUGAUAGUACACUGUGGUGCUUUGGGUUUCUGGUUUUGUUCUCUUUAUGCUCUGUCAUCUUUUCAUCGCAGCUACAUUUCAGGGAACAUGUAUAUUUAGUAGCUAUUGUAAGUUCUGCAUGGCAUCACUGAGCUUAUUUUUCCUUGAGAAGAAAAGAAGAGUCUGUAGGAGUCUAAAGGCACUAUGAUGACAGGGACUUGUAGCAGAGAAUUUAAAAAAAAAAAAAAUUAAAAAAAAAAAAAAAGGUUUUUAAAAUUCUAGUUUGAAGCCAAAUACUGAUAUUUUAGUGCUUUCGGGGUUUUAACAGUAAGAGAAAAAAAAAAAAAAAGAAAAAAAAAAGAAAAAAAAGGAUUUUGGUAACCCAGCUGAUCCGCACUUGCCAGUUUUAUUAUUUUGUUUAUAUUGGACUGUUUGACCCUGUCAAACAAGUGUCAAAGUUGUGUGUAUAAAACAAACAAAAAAAAAGUGUUUAAAAAAGUGUUGUAAAGACACUGAGCCUUAUGAAAAUAUUUAUGGAAUUAAAUAAAAAGAAGUGAAAAGGCA